CUUUGCAUGGUAUCAGCAAGGAUGUCUUUCUUCUCCUCCUCCUCUAAUGUAGAAGUAUUAAAAACUGUCUACAGAGGUAUAAAACCAUCUGUGCGUCCCUUGUCACCUACACCGUCACAAAACGAGCAGGAGGUUAAAAAAAAAGCAUCGGAACAAGCUGCUCGCAAGUCGCUAAGACGAAUCAUGGGUGUUCUUGGUUCCCUUGCUAGACACUUGGAUGCUCUUGUUGGGCCAGGGAUCAUGCUGCUUUAUCCUCUAUACGCAUCGAUGCGCGCGAUAGAGAGCCCUUCUUCCCUGGAUGAUCAGCAGUGGCUCACCUACUGGGUCCUCUACUCCCUGAUCACCCUCUUUGAACUCUCAUGCUGGAAAGUUCUCCAGUGGUUCCCUCUGUGGCCGUACAUGAAGCUGCUCUUCUGCUGCUGGCUGGUGCUGCCCAUGUUCAACGGCGCGGCCUACAUCUACGAGGCGCAUGUCCGGCGCUACUUCAAGAUCGGCAGCUACGUGAGCCCCAACUUCAACGAGCGGCAGCGGAGGGUGCUGCAGAUGAUGAGCCUCGACGCGCGCAAGUCCGUCGAGCGCUUCAUCGAGACUCGAGGGCCAGACGCGCUGGAGAAGAUCAUCCGAGCGGCUGAAAAAGAAGCCAAGAGGGCCUAGUUUAGCGUGCGGUGAGCUGAAGGUAUCUAUUGUUUCAGGCGGGGUGAAAACACCUGAAGGCUGCCGUGUAUUUGCUGCUGAUGUGAUGCGUGUGUUUGAUCUGUUCGUUGGGCUUGGCAAGAUGCUAGUACUCCUGUACAGGAAACGUUUCCAUGAACAAAUGACGCACGAAGCUACAUAUUUGGUGU